AUGCUUGUCGUUGAAGUACCAAUUCAUCAUCCGGAAAUUGAACGCCGUCUUGAUGAAGCUCAAGCUGAAGAUAGAAAAGAAGUAGCUCAAUUUGGACAAUAUCGUGAUCCCAUAUUUGAUUUUGUGGGUUUUCUUGGUGAUGGUGAUGUUCAUCGACGUAUCGUUGAAACGGGCAAUAAUGAAGAAAAAAAAUUGGAAAUUACUUUGCCAAUGAAUAAUUUCAAGCCUGAAUUCGUUAAAGUUUCGGUGACAGAUCAUGAUUUAACAGUUUAA